GCCGUAGAGGAGCGACAGUCGUUCUUUUUCCGGCUAGAUCCUCAGGUGGAAACACCGUAGUUUUUGUAGUUUUCUCCAUCUUCCAGCAAAAUGAAAAUUUGGAAGGAUAUCUUCACCGGUGACGAGAUGUUCUCGGAUACCUACAAGGUGAAGCUGGUCGACAGCGUGAUGUACGAGGUCUACGGAAAGCACGUUUCCCGCUCCAUGGGAGACGUGCAGCUGGAUGGUGCCAACCCGUCGGCCGAAGAAGCCGACGAAGGGACGGACGCAGCUACCGAGAGCGGAGUAGAUAUUGUGCUGAACCACCGUCUGGUGGAGACUGGCUUCUCCGACAAAAAGCAGUUCACCACCUACCUGAAGGACUACAUGAAGAAGCUCGUCACCCGGCUUGAGGAAAAAUCGCCCGACGAGGUAGAAGUGUUCAAAACGAACAUCAACAAGGUGAUGAAGGAUCUGCUCGGUCGCUUUAAGGAUCUGCAAUUUUUCACCGGUGAAUCGAUGGACUGCGACGGAUUGAUUGCCAUGCUGGAGUACCGUGACAUCGACGGCGAUUCCAUCCCCGUGCUGCUAUGUUUCAAGCACGGCCUGGAGGAGGAAAAGUUCUAAACAUCUCGCGCCACCACCCAUCAGCAUCGCGCUGUGCGCAGCCUACUGUGUCGCGCGCUGCAUGGGGUCCCAACCCUCAGGGAGAUUGACGGAUGUCGCGGAGAAUUUGGCCUACAUUCUUGUGGAGGUUUUAUCGCAUCUUGUCUCCCAAUUUGGUUUAGCUUUUCAUUCAAAACCCGACCCUAGUAGGAAGACCGGACUGAUUUCUCUAUUAGGUAUUUAUUUUAAGGAGAAAAAGCUAGUGGGCGUGCAACUGGAUGCUGUGUGUAGUGCAGGGACACAACGGUGUAUGUGCAGUUUUGUGUAAAAAGAAUUAAUGUUUGAAUGAGGUGAAAUAUUGGAACUGUGGAUCGCAGCAUCCUUCGAAAAGCUGGUUCCUAAUACUUUCCUUCUCAGAGACGGCUCUUCUGCUAAAUCAGGUCGCCAGAACAGCAUUAUCUACAAUCGUUUACAAUUGUGCGGAGCAAAUUAAUCAAUACUCGAUCCCAAAGCGUCGUCAGCAUCCGUCGCGUGUGAACAUAUUUGUUCAAGUUUUCGUUAGCAAGUGUUUGCAUGUGGGAAAUGCCACAGCGCGAGAACAGUAGAAAUCUUGAUGCGAGGAAACAGGAUCCGUUCGUAGACAGGAAAAGGCAUGGCAUUACCCUCCUUGGAAGGUGGAGAAAAAAGCAUCUACAAUAUUUUGAAUUUUCUUUGCAGACAUUUAAAAAAACACGAACCAUAAAACAUCCAAUAAAGAAAUAACGACAAGAAGAACGUAAAAC